CAUGAUGGUCGCACCAGGACAUCUAAUUUCUGUCUUCCCACUGGCGGAAUUGAAAAAAAGGCUGCCGAGGCAGAAAAGGAAGAGGGAAAUGAUCUUUUGAUCAGAGCGGGCUUUCUCCGCCAGGCUUAUUCAGGCAUCUUUCAUAUGCUUCCACUGGGUCUGCGCGUGCAGGACAAAUUGGAAAGACUGAUUGAUACGCAAAUGCAGUCCGUAGGCGCAUCAAAGGUGUCUCUGUCGUCGUUAUCAUCCCAAGGGCUGUGGGAAAAAACUGGCCGCUUAAAAGGCGGGUCAGAGUUUUUUCGACUUCAUGAUAGGAAAGGAUCUCGGCGUAUUUUUGAUGCGCUAAAAGUGCCUUACUUAGUUGCUACUGCCGAUUCUGGCAACAUGGGUGGCAGCCUGAGUCAUGAGUUUCAUCUCCUCAGUCCAAAGGGGGAGGAUACCCUUGUCAGCUGUUCUGGAUGUGACUACGUCUAUAAUGAGGAAGUUUCAGACGGACACGACCUGACCAGAAACAAACCUAGUCGUCUUGAUCAGGCUGAGCCUUCCAAUACUGGCGUUGGUGCUCGAGAACCCCCAGCCAUAGCAACAGCACUCUGGACUGCCGUUUCUCAUGAUAAAAAAACCUUGGUCAGAGCCUGGUACCCCAAGUACUCAGUCCAGAAGAACUUUGAGAGUGGGCAAAAAGAAUCCGACUCAGACCUAGGAACAGAACCCGUCGAAAGAGAAAUAAAUUCCCAUGCCGUCAAAGCCCUGGCCAAGGCAGCCGGGAUUGAUCUGAACACCAGUAUAAAAAACGCAGCCCACGUGUGGUUCCAAGAUGUGACGAGCGACACUCCCAGCGAUUCACCAACCAAGCAUGCCAUCUUGGACCUGUUUGAUUCCCAUGUCGUCUCAUACAACCACCCGCCUCUGAGUGGCUUGCCUGAAACAUCCCAACCUUUCAAACACCCCGUCCAAUUCUCAAAGCUUGAUAGCUUCCCUGGGACAUCGGACGGUCUCGACCUCACGCGAACUGUUGAUGGUGACAAAUGUCCCAAGUGUGCUGAGGGAGUUUUGCGCACGCACAACGCGAUCGAGAUGGGUCAUACAUUCCAUCUCGGAACCCGGUACAGCGAAAUCCUUGGGGCCAGUGUCCCAGCGGACCCAUCCAGGGCAGAAAAUAAUUCGCAGGCUGAGAAAGAGGUCCGUGUAGUGCCGAUGCAAAUGGGCUGUCAUGGAAUCGGCGUGUCUCGCAUGAUCUCCGCCGUCGCAGACACACGCGCUGACACCCAGGGCCUCAACUGGCCAAGGGCAAUUGCACCGUACGAGAUUAUCAUCAUCCCCACCAAGGGUCUUGAUUCAGAAGCCGAGCAAAUCUACGAUCUUCUCAAGUCGACAACAGACACUAGCGAUGUCAUCCUCGACGAUCGCGCGAAGCAGGUCGGUUGGAAACUCAAAGACGCGGAUCUUAUUGGGUUCCCCAUUGUCAUCGUCGUUGGAAAGGCGUGGAAAACAAACCAGGAGGUCGAAGUGCAAUGUCGACAACUAGAUGCGACCACCACAGAAAAUAAAAUGGCAUCCCCCGCAUCUGCCUCUGGAGGUGCUCCCCCAGGCUCCAUCGACGUAAACACCCUGUCCGUGCCCCAACUUCGCAAUCUGCAAACCCGUCUCAGCUCCGAGCUCGAACAUCUCACCAACUCACACGCGAAACUGCGCUCUGCGCAGUCCAAAUUCAAGGACUGCGUCCGAACAAUUGGCGAUGGUGUUACUGGACGGAAAGAUGCGCCUGGUGCUGGCGGUGAUAAUAUCCUGGUGCCAUUGACGAGUUCGUUGUAUGUCAAGGGGAAAUUGGCAGAUAGGGAAAAGGUCAUUGUGGAUGUUGGAACUGGGUUUUAUGUUGAGAAGACUACUGCCAAGGCCACCGAAUUCUAUAAUGCAAAGGUCAAGGACCUCGAAGCGAAUCUGACGGACUUGGAAAAGAUCCUACAAGGAAAGAGUGGCAAUCUACGAGUCAUCGAAGACACGCUUCGACAAAAAGUCAUGAGCGGUGAAGCUGUUCCUACCUCUGCUGGUUAA